UAACCACGUGACCACACCCGGAUGUAUGAGAGAGUUCUAAGGUUCUAAUACAGUGAAACCGCGUUGACUUGUUUACGUUACUUUAGCGAACAUAAUGGACACUGGAAGCGACGGUAUGAGUCAGGACGGUGUCCGAAAACUACAAACUGCCACCAGAGAAAAGCUCAGAAAAUUUAACAGUCUGCGGGGUCGAGAGGUGCAGGGUGGUGAGUUCUGGGACGUAGUGGUUGUGACCGCUGUGGAUGAGAGCCAGAGAGAAGCAUACGAGCUGCAGAUCAGUGAGAAAGUUGGCAGAAAAGAGCUUCCCCUCGGUAUUCAAUACAAGGUCUUCUCAGAUCCUCCUGGAUCUAAAAUAGGGAAUGGAGGCUCCACUCUGUACGCACUGCAGCAGCUGGAUGACACCUAUGACAAGACUCUGGGCAAACUGAGGGUCAUCCUGAUCCAUGCAGGGGGGUUCAGUCAGCGUUUGCCCAGUGCCAGCGCUUUGGGUAAGAUCUUCACUGCCAUGCCGCUGGGUGACCCUCUCUACCAGAUGCUGGAGCUCAAACUAGCCAUGUAUGUGGAUUUCCCAUCUCAUAUGAAGCCUGGCGUCCUGGUGACCUGUGCGGACGACAUAGAGCUCUACAGUAUCGCAGAGGAUACCAGGGUUAGGUUUGAUAAACCUGGCUUUACAGCUUUAGCCCACCCCUCCCCGCUGUCUAUUGGAACAACCCACGGCGUGUUUGUGUUGGAUUCACCUGAAAAGUCUGCUCAGUCAGAAAUGGAGAACAGCUCCUGCCUGCGCUUUCUGCACAAACCAAGCAUCAGAAAAAUGCAAGAAUGUGGUGCUGUUCGUAAGAGGCAGGGUGGUUGUCUCUCUCUGUCUGACAGUGAGUUUGUCUACACAGACAGCACCUACUAUGUCGACUUUGAAACUGUAAAGACUCUUCUCGGUCUGCUGAAAGAGUUGGGGCCUUUGCACUGUGAGAUAGACGCAUACGGGGACUUUCUUCAAGCGCUGGGCCCCAAAGCUACGAUAGAGUACACCAGCAACACUGCUAACGUUACCAAAGAGGAGAGAGGUCUGGUUGAAAUCCGCCGAAAGAUCUUCCAUCUCCUACAGGGAACUCCCUUGAACGUCAUUCUCCUCAACAACUCCAAGUUUUAUCACGUGGGAACCACGUCAGAGUACCUCUUCCACCUCACCGAGGACGUGGCUCUGAGGAGCGAGCUGGGCCUCCUGUCGUCUGCGUUCAGUGUGAAUUUGGAAAACUCAGAAGGGUCCACUGGCUGCUGCGUUAUGUACAGUGUCCUCGAUCCCAGUUGCUCAGUGGGAGCUGGAUCAGUGGUGGAGUACUCCAGGUUGGGGGCAGGAGCAUCCGUAGGUAAGGGCUCCAUCAUGAGCAGCUGCCUGGUUAGUCCGGGCCUCUCGGUGCCCGAUGCGGUCUUCAUGCACUCGCUGUGGGUGAACCACCAGGACCGGACCGGGUGUGUAACCGUCGUCUUUGGGAUUAAUGACGACCUGAAGCGCAGCGUGGAGGCCCCCGCUCACGCAGAGAGUUUGAAACUUUUUGGGUACAGCCUGGCCAAGUGUCUGUCCCGCUGGGGUCUGGAGAAGGAAGUCCUGAGGUUCUCUGGUGACUCGUCCUGUAGCUGUAGUUUGUGGAACGCUUGUCUGUUUCCUGUUUGCUCCGAUCAACAAAGCUCGUUCUCGUCGUCUCUGGAGAUGCUGCAGGCCGUCCUGAGCAGCUCCACAUUCAGUUUACCCAAAGACACAGAGUUGAUGUCUAUGCAGGAGUGUUUACAGAGUAAGAACCUGGAGGAGAUGUUGAAAUUCAGGACGGGACUAUACAACGACAUCAGACAGAGACGACUGAACAGUUGAAGCUGCUACAUUUAAUUUUAUGCCUUAGUAUUAUGUAUUUAAAUAUGAGAUAAAAUGAACAGUGCUUUAAUGAUUAAAGUAGUAUAUAAUCAUUGAGGACUGAGCUUUUGCCAGUAUGAAAAUCAGUCAAACUAAUUUUUAAAUCUGGUGUCUGAUUUUUUUGUUGUACAACAUUUCAUAAAACCACUUCAUCAUUUUUUGUAAA